AUGAAAAAGAUGUUUCAAGAAAAUGAAGAACUAAGAAAAAAUUUAAAAUACUUUGUUGAAAGUUAGAAGUAGGUCCUAAGAUGGCCUUAAAUUGCCUAAUAAUUGGAAACGCUUCAUGAUAUAAAGAUUGAUAUACCAUAUGAAUUAAAAUAGAUUUAUUAGGAUUAUUGUUGUCCCAAACCAGAAAUAGAAUCAAAUAAUUUAUAAAUUUUGAUGCAAACUAUAAUUGAAUGUCGAUGUGAUAUGUCAUCUACACUUGAAAAGUUUGUUGAAAGAAGUGGUAUUAAGUAUUCUAAUUUAUAUUACUAUUAGAAUUUCAUGCUAUUUAUUAACUAGUAGAGCUUAAUAAAUCUUUAAAAAAGCUAUAGAAAAAGGAAUAAUGGUAUUUGUAAGGAAUAAAACAGAAUAAAAAAAAAGAUUAACUAAUUUUCCAAAAGCAAAUAUUGUUAGACUUAUUAAAUGUUUAGAUUUAAAGCCAAAUAAUGAUCAUAGUAGGAUGGUUCUUGAAGCAGCUAAUUGUCUAAAAGAAUUAUUAUUAGCAUAUUCUUUAAAUAAGGAUAAGGAUCGUUCAGUUUAUUAUGAAGAAAUAAAGGAAAAGAUGAAUAAAAAUUAAUUCUUUCGAACUCUUUUAUGUUUAUCAUUUCUUGAUGAUUUACGUAUGAUAAGUUAAAAUUUAAUAACAUAAGAUAAAUAAUUAUUGCCCGAUUAUUUUUUAUAAGAUACAAUAGAUAAAAAUAAAGGAUUGGAAGUUUAUUAGUUUUUAUAUGUAUCAGAUAUGUAGAUGAAAUAUUAAAUGUAUAAUGAUUCAAAAGACUUACAAUAAGAUUAAGAAUUUAAGUAUUAUGUAGAGGAAUAUUAAUAUAAUAAAUUUAAGAAGCUUUCAAAGGAAUUGAUUUAAGAGAAACCAAUGAAAAGAAGUAUACAGACAGUAAGAGGGAAGAUUAUUACAAAUACUAAAUAUUAUCCAAGCAAAAAGACUAUAAAAUUUAAUAAAGACUUAAAUAAAAAUUUUGAUGAUUAAGAGGAUGAUUCUGCAGGAUGUUAUAGAGUAGAUAUUCCUUUAUUUAAGUAAAAUUGA